AUGGGGUUCCUCUGCAGAGGCUUGUACGUGCUGGCAGCCUUGAGGGCCCUGGGAGGGCGGGAGGGUGGUGAAAAUCCUUCUGAGGAGGAAAGAGAGAUUAAGAAAGGAAGAAAAAAACUUAGGGUGAAAGCUACCGAGGGCAACAUAGAGGACUGGAAUCUGACAUGGCACACAGAAAACCCAGACUUUACCCACUGCUUUCAGAACACAGUCCUGGUCUGGAUUCCUUGCAUUUACCUGUGGGUCUGCUUCCCAGUGUACUUCCUAUAUGUUCGUUGUCAUGACAGGGGAUACAUACAAAUGUCAAAUCUCAACAAAGCCAAAACGGCUUUGGGCUUAGUGCUGUGGAUAGUCUGCUGGGCAGACCUUUUCUACUCUUUCUGGGAAAGAAGUCAAAAUAUUUUUCGAGCGCCAUUUUUCCUCAUUACGCCUACAGUAUUGGGUAUAACAAUGUUGCUUGCCACAUUUUUAAUACAAUAUGAAAGAAUAAAAGGAGUCCAGUCUUCAGGUGUAAUGACGAUUUUCUGGCUCGUCUCGUUGUUAUGUGCCACAGUGGUUCUUAGAUCCAAAAUAAUACAUGCCUUAUAUACGGGUGCUAAAGUGGAUGCGUUUCGUUAUGUCACCUUCUCCAUCUACUUCGUUCUCUUAUUUGUACAGCUCAUCCUAUGUUGUUUUCCAGAACAACCACCUUUGUUCUCUGAAACAGUGAAUGAUCCUAAUCCGUGUCCGGAGUUCAGUGCUUCUUUCCUCUCUAGAAUCACGUUCUGGUGGAUCACUGGGUUGAUGGUUCAAGGUUAUCGGAGACCUUUGGAAGCUAAGGAUUUGUGGUCAUUAAACAAAGAGGACAAAUCGGAGAAAGUACUGCCAGGUUUGGCUAGUAACUGGGCAAAAGAGUGGGCAAAGACCAAGAGGCAAUCAUUGAACAUGUUAUACUCUCCCAAAAAGCAGCAAAAAUCAGGUGACACAAGUGGUGAUGUGACAGAAGAGGCUGAAGCUUUGAUUAUAAAACCAUCUCAGAAGAGCUCUGAAGCAUCUUUAUUCAAGGUGUUAUGUAAAACCUUUGGACCAUAUUUUCUCAUGAGCUUCCUGUUUAAAGCUGCACAUGAUCUCUUAAUGUUUGCAGGCCCGGAAAUUCUGAGAUUGCUCAUCAGCUUUAUAAAUAACAAAGCUGCCCCAAACUGGCAAGGCUACUUUUAUACAGGACUGCUGUUUGUUUGUUCCUGUCUUCAGACACUGAUUCUUCACCAGUAUUUUCAUAUUUGCUUUGUAACUGGAAUGAGGCUCAAAACAGCUAUUGUUGGUGUAAUUUAUCGAAAGGCACUUGUUAUCACAAAUUCUGCUAGAAAGACUUCUACUGUGGGUGAGAUUGUGAACCUAAUGUCUGUGGAUGCUCAGAGAUUCAUGGACUUGGUUACCUACAUAAACAUGAUUUGGUCUGCACCUUUCCAGGUGGUAUUAGCACUGUACUCACUGUGGCAGACUUUAGGUCCUUCAGUGCUGGCAGGUGUGGCUGUCAUGAUCAUUCUGAUUCCAAUAAACGCUGUGAUGGCAGUGAAGACAAAAAACUAUCAG